UUGGUGUAACACACAACAUUAAGAGGCGCUUGGAGUGUCCCUGAUCGACAUGUGCACACCACAUUGUUAUUCCCUCACUCGUUUAAACUAUCUUCACGUUUGUUGGAGAAGGCAGAUUUUGUUGAGAUCCUUGUAGCUUCUUCUGCAUCAUGAGUGGCUCCAAGCCAGACAUCCUGUGGUCUCCUCACCACCCGGACCGCUAUGUUAUCUGUGACUCUGAGCUGGGACUGUAUCGCAUCGGACCCGUGGGGAGCUCAGAAACCAAACCCGGCACUCUCCCGCUCUCCGAGGAAACUGCUGCCACUUUAUUGGCCAUUAACUCGGACACCCCUUACAUGAAAUGUGUGGCCUGGUACCCGAAGCAUGAGCCAGAGUGUUUGCUCGCUGUGGGCCAAGCUAACGGCAGGGUGGUGCUCACCAGCCUGGGUCAGAGCCACAACUCCACGUAUAAAGACCUGGUGGGGAAAGAGUUUGUGCCCAAGCACGCCCGGCAAUGCAACACUUUAGCGUGGAACCCGGUGGACAGCAACCUGCUGGCUGCCGGCUUGGACAAGCACAGAGCAGACUUCUCCGUCCUCAUAUGGGACAUCAGCAGCAAGUUUUCCCCAGAGGCCAGCGUGGCCUCCGAGAAGAGCCGCUUUUCGGCCGUGGAAUUGGACUCGAGCACCGUGGUGACCAAGCCGCUGUACGAGUUGGGCCAAAACGAUGCUUGCCUGUCCCUCUGCUGGCUGCUCCGUGACCCAAAGCUGCUGUUGGCCGGCAUGCACCGCAACCUCGCAAUUUUCGACCUGAGAAACACGAGCCAGAAAACAUUCGUCAACACUAAGGCCAUCCAAGGCGUGACGGUGGACCCACACUUCCAUGACCGCGUGGCCUCUUUUUUUGAGGGUCAGGUGGCCAUCUGGGAUCUGAGGAAGUUUGAGAAGCCCGUGCUCACGCUCAACGAGCAGCCAAAGCCGCUCACUAAGGUGGCUUGGUGUCCAACUCGUAACGGCCUGCUGGCCACGCUGACACGCGACAGCAACAUCAUCCGCCUGUACGACAUGCAACACACGCCCACGCCCAUCGGCGACGAGACGGAGCCCACCAUCAUCGAGCGCAGCGUGCAGCCGUGUGAAAGCCAGAUCGGCAGCUUUGCCUGGCACCCGUCCUCUCAGAACCGCAUGGUGGUGGUGUCGGCGGCCAACCGGGUCAUGACCGACUUCACCGUGUUCGAGCGCAUCUCGCUCGCCUGGAGCUCCACCACCUCGCUCAUGUGGGCGUGCGGCAGACACCUGUACGACUGCGCGGAGGACGGAGCAGAGGGAGUGCAGGGCGCCAUCGAGAAAGACAUCGCCACGAAGAUGAGGCAGAGGGCUCAGUCCAGGUACGGCCACGAUACCGCCCAGGUGUGGAGGAACCACCUGCUGGCGGGGGGCAACGACUCGCAGCUCAAGUGUCUGUGGUACGAUCUGUUUUAUAUGAAGCUGUGUGCAGAGGACCUGGAGCUGAAGCUUCAGGGGAACAAACAGUCGCUGGUCCACUCCGGUAUCAAGAACAUUGUGAAGACCAGCUCGGGUACAACAGAGAGCCGCAGGUGCUGGAGCGGUUCAGACCGGCAGACCGAUGUUCCCCGGUACCACAGCGAGGAGCGCUGCCUCGCCCUGCGGCUCUGCGGCUGGAUCAGCAAGGGACCCGACAUCGACGUGGAGGUGUUCCUGCGAUCGCUGGAGCACGAGCGCGAGUGGGAGCGAGCGGCCGCCGUGGCUUUGUUCAACCUGGACAUCCGCCGGGCCAUCCAGAUCCUCAACAAGGGGGCCACCGCCGAGAAGGGUGACCUGAACCUGAAUGUGGUUGCCAUGGCGCUGUCGGGCUACACCGAGGAGAAGUCCUCCCUGUGGAGGGAGAUGUGCAGCUCCCUGAGGCUGCAGCUGAAGAACCCCUACCUCUGCGUCAUGUUUGCCUUCCUCACCAGCGAGCCCGGAGCCUACGACGGCGUGCUGCUUGAGAGCAGUGUUGCCGUGCGGGACCGCGUCGCCUUUGCCUGCAUGUUUCUCAGCGACUCACAGCUUCCUCGGUACAUCGACAAACUGACCAAUGAGAUGAAGGAGGUGGGCAACCUGGAGGGCAUCCUGCUCACAGGUUUGACUAAAGAUGGCGUGGACCUCAUGGAGAGCUACGUGGACCUCACGGGGGACGUCCAGACUGCCAGUUUCUGCAUGCUGAAGGGUUCCCCGAGUGACGUGUUGAAAGACCCUCGAGUCCAAUGCUGGAUCGAAAACUACCGCAACCUGUUGGAUGCUUGGAGGUUCUGGCACAAACGGGCCGAGUUCGACAUCCACCGAGGCAAACUGGACCCCAGCUCCAAACCCCUGGCCCAGGUGUUUGUGAGCUGCAACUUCUGCGGCAAGUCCAUCUCCUACAGCUGCUCGGCGAUGCCGCACCAGGGCCGCGGCUUCAGCCAGUACGGGGUCAGCGGCUCGCCCACCAAGUCCAAAGUCACCAGCUGCCCCGGCUGCAGGAAACCGCUGCCCCGCUGUGCCCUCUGCCUCAUGAACAUGGGCACACCGGUCUCCAAUUGCCCAGGAACGGGGAAGUCCGACGAGAAGGUGGACUUGACCAGGGAGAACAAACUGGCUCAGUUCAACAACUGGUUCACCUGGUGUCACAACUGUCGACACGGCGGCCACGCCGGCCACAUGCUCAGCUGGUUCAGGUGGGGCGCUCUCGACGGGACGCGUGGAUCCCUGGUUCUCGCACCUUGUCGUCAGUUAGAUUUUUUUUUUAAAUUUGGACCAAAGAUAACCACGACGGAAGAAAGUCUGUACCCAUCAGUGCUAGUGCAAAUAUUUUUUGCAUUAGCCAAAAUAAUGUCUCUCCCCAAAAGCCUCUUUGGGGGCUUCUAGUCAACAGAAGGUUCUCUUGCCCUGCAACGACAUUCUGUCUUCGUUUCUCCACAAUAUACCAACCUCUACUACCUACCGUUAAGUCAUUUUUCUUACUCGUGUCCAUGUUUUUUAAUUGACCCUCACGUAUCCG